AUGAAGGAUCUGCUCAGUCGUAUUAAUAUUACCGGUAUCGACACUGGGAGAUACAUCGAUAACCUCACUAGUAAUGGCGGCACGGGCCUUCCACGAGUUGCCAUUGCUAUUUCUGGAGGAGGCUAUCGAGCUCUCAUGAACGGCGCCGGGGCCCUCGCGGCAUUUGACAAUAGAUCAACAGACGCGACUCAAACUGGCCAUCUCGGAGGUCUUUUGCAGUCAGCGACGUAUCUCAGUGGCUUGUCUGGUGGAAGCUGGCUCGUUGGCAGCCUUUACGUGCAGAAUUUUACCUCUGUUGAAUCUAUAGUGCUCUCUACCAGUGGAUUUCUCAGUACCCUCUGGCGGUUCGACCAUUCCAUUUUUGACGGGCCCGCGGACCUCAAUAUCGUAAGGUAUUAUACUCAGCUCUUUGACGCUGUCAACGACAAAAAGAAGGCUGGCUUCAAUACGUCAAUUACCGAUUACUGGGGCAGAGCUUUAUCCUAUCAGCUUGUUGAUCCUUCCGACGGAGGGCCUGCGGUUACGUUUUCAUCCAUCGCAAAUGACACCGAGUUUCGAACAGCUCAAGCCCCAAUGCCUUUAAUUGUGGCUGUCGAAAGAACCACGGGACAGGUCCAAAUCGCUGCCAACUCAACAGUCUUUGAGUUUAACCCCUGGGAGAUGGGGUCGUACGACACCGGACUCGAGGCAUUUGCGCCGCUUCAGUUUGUGGGCUCCAACUUUACUAACGGCACCAUUGCCAGAAAUGGAGUUUGUAUCGCUGGAGUUGAUAACGCAGGCUUCGUCAUGGGCACAUCGUCCUCUUUGUUCAACCAGGCGCUCUUGCAAAUUGGACAGGUUCAAGGCGUACCAGACUUCUUGCUCAACGCCAUCAACGAUACGCUAACAGACAUUGGCGACGAUAACAGAGAUAUCGCCGCCUGGCCAAAUCCAUUCUUUGGAUACAAUCCCAGUGUAAAUCUGAACGCGAACGAGACACAGCUGACUCUUGUGGACGGCGGUGAAGACUUACAGAACAUACCUCUACAUCCGCUAAUCCUACCGCAGCGAAGGGUUGACGUGAUAUUUGCGGUUGAUGGCUCUGCUGACACGGCAACCUUAUGGCCAAACGGCACGGCCAUGGUGGCCACUUUUAAUAGAUCGGAAGCCACAACCUCCUCAGCUGACGACAACCGCUUCCCAGAUAUUCCGGACCAAAAUACCUUUGUCAAUCUGGGCUUGAAUAACCGGCCUACCUUUUUCGGCUGCAGCAACCGCAGUUCGGGUCCUCUCAUCGUCUAUCUGCCUAAUGCUCCCCUCUCAUUUCACUCCAACGUCUCAACGUUCGAUCUAAAGUAUACCAUCGAGGAACGCAACCAGAUCAUUCAGAAUGGGUACAACAUGGCGACCAGAGGCAAUGGCUCGGUGGAUGCGAACUGGCCGGCAUGCGUCGGUUGCGCCAUUCUGUCGCGAAGCUUCAAUCGAACCAGGACAGCCGUUCCUGCAAUAUGCAGAGACUGCUUCACGCGAUAUUGCUGGAAUGGUACGACGAACGACACCUUGCCGAAUACGUAUGAGCCCGCGCAGAUUCUGCAGGGUGCUACGGAGCAGUCGUCUUCUUCGGCUGGUCGGGCGAGUGGGACGCUGCUGUUGGCUGUUAUUGCGCUGUUACUGGCGAUCUGA